AGUCCCGGCAGAGCCCGAGCUGCUGGCGAGGGAGCGGAGGUGUCCAGGUCCGCACCACUCACCCAUCAGAGACCUCUCACGGAUCCCCGCCUCUGCCCACCGCUCUCUCAGCCGCGCGCGACAUGAGCCAGGCCCGCUGGACGGGGGAGAGAACAGACAUGCUCCCAGAGAUCGCAGCCGCUGUGGGUUUCCUCUCCAGCCUCCUGAGGACCCGGGGCUGCGUGAACGAGCAGCGACUCAAGGUUUUCAGCGGGGCCCUCCAGGAAGCACUGACGGAGCACUACAAACACCAUUGGUUUCCUGAAAAACCAUCCAAGGGCUCUGGCUACCGCUGCAUCCGCAUCAACCACAAGAUGGACCCCAUCAUCAGUAAAGUGGCUAGCCAGAUCGGACUCAGCCAGCCUCAGCUGCACCGGCUGCUGCCCAGUGAGCUGACCUUGUGGGUGGACCCCUAUGAAGUGUCCUACCGCAUUGGGGAAGACGGCUCCAUCUGCGUCCUGUAUGAGGAGGCCCCGGUGGCCACCUCCUAUGGGCUUCUCACCUGCAAGAACCAAAUAAUGCUGGGCAGAAGCAGCCCCUCAAAGAACUACGUCAUGGCAGUCUCCAGUUAGAUCCCCGGCCGCCCCCACCUGGCACUCUACUGUAUUCAUUCGGCCGUGACGACAGGGCACUGCAUACCUCAACCUGGGGAACUGUAUUUUAAAUGAAGAGCUAUUUAUAUAUAUAUUAUUUUUUUUAAGAAAAGGGAGAAAAAAAAAGAUUUUUUUAAGAAAAAAAUCCUUAAAGGGAGCUGCUUGGAAGUGGCCUCCCCAGGUGCCUUUGGAGAGAACUGUUGUGUGCUUGAGUCUGGAAGCCGGUGUCUGCCUAUGGGAGGGGGGAAUGGUCAAGGAGGGGGUGGGCGUGGCCAAGGUGAGGUGGGAAAAGCUUGGCUAGCACCCCAGGAAGAUGUGAGAGGGAGCAAGCAAGGUUAGCAACUGUGAACGUGAGAGGUCAGGAUCUGUCCUGGGGAGACUAGAGAGGCCGAGUUCAAACCUUUCACUCUCCCAACCAGGACACCUGCAUCCCUGACCCCUCUCUUACUCAGGGGCAUUGAAGCCUGGACUUAAAUCAUA